AUGUCUUCAGUUUCAGAAUAUGCCUUUCACAUGAGUCAUCUGAGUGCCCAGUUGUUUGGUGAAUUUGCCAGACCUACUGAUUCCAAAUCCAUGAAAGUGGUGAAGCUGUUUAGUGAGCAGCCUUUGGCCAAUAGGAAGGAGACUUAUGACUGGUAUCUAAAUCAUAACACUUAUUUUGCACUCAUGGGAGCACUAUAUUUUCUUGGCCUCUACAGAGACAAGCAUCAGGACUUUAAGGAUGAGCAGCUGCAUCUGAAGAAGAUUUGUGGAAAGCGGAAACCAAGGAAAGGAGAAGGGAAAAGAACAGCGAAAAAGAAAUAG